UGUAUUACGAACAGGUUAUCACGCAUCGGAUUAUUUCACAGAAAUAAUGCAUCUACUGGGACCAUUACACUUCUUUAUUUUUCCUUUCAGGCAGCAGAUAAUAUCCUCACCAGAGACAAUGUCGACAUCUGUUGCCAUAAAGGUUAAUGCUGCAAGCCCCUCAGAGAAAAAAACUGACGGGGAAGUAUUUGGAACAUGGAAGAGACGUCCGUCAAUUAUAUCAGAUUCCAAUACAGACGAAGAAAAACCAAAUCCCGCAUCUUUGCUCAAAAGAAGAUCAACAUUUAAGGGUAUAGCAACUGGUUUGUUAAGCAUGCGUAGAAUGACCAAAGGACGAAUUAGCAUUUCAACAGCACCAGAAGAAGUUAAGCCUAAAAUACGAUUGGAAAACACUUACAAGACAGACCCCGAUGAAGGAAAGGAGUUCAGAGCCAUGAAAGUCGAAGAUGUUGUGAGCAGUAUUUUGGAAAAAGAACUUUGUAAUGAAAAUUAUGAAAAAGAUCGGUGUAAAAAUCUAGCAUGUGACCUUUCUGUAAUGAUUAAGAACAGAGUGAAAAAGAUGGGGUUUCCACGAUACAGAAUAAUCUGUAAUGUAAUCAUUGGACAGAGUCUAGAGCAAGGCGUCGAAAUGGCAAGCCAGUGUAUUUGGUCGCCUUCUACUGAUAACUUUUCUUGCUCCUCAUACCGAAAUGGAUCAUUGUUCGCUGUUGCUACAGUGCACGCUGUUUAUUAUGAGUAAUCAAAACAUUUCAUUGACACGUGAUUACAUAACAUCCUCCAGCUAGCACACAAAAGGUCCUGUUUCGUUUACAGCCAAUUACAUUGAGUGUGUAGAUAAAUGUAAUAUCUUUUGUAACCUCGCUUGCUAGCUGAACCGUGAAUCAUUAUUAGAUUAGUCAAACUAAUCUCCUCUAAGAGUAGACUAGUCCGACAGCUUACCAAUCUAUCCGUCUGUAAGACCACUUCGAAAGGAGGAUAGUACACCUUACCUAAUAAUGACUUCUCGGUUCAGCUAGCAAACAAGCUUAUCAAAGAUAUUAGAUAUACAUACACACUCAAUGCGUCGGCUGUAAAUCUAUGAAAAUCAUUUAUCAGAUUAAUUGAUCAUCACAUUACGAUAGUGUUGGUAUAAAUUAGAAUACAUUCAUCAUAGAUUUUAAAAUUUGUAAGCAAAAGGACAAUUUAAAACGUUUUGUGUGAAUAAGGAUCAUCCUGAUAUCUGAGAUGCUUUUUCGUCGGAAGGUAUUGUUCAGAAUUUGUUUGAAAACUCUGAGUACCAUUGAAUACCCCUCCUGUUACAGUGAUUUAAUUACACCAUGCAGUCAGAGGUUAAAAUUUAAAGCUUUAUUGUUCAGAAUUUGUUUUAAAACUCUUGAGUACUGUUGAAUGCCCCUCCUGUUACAGUGAUUCAUUACAAUUUGCAGUCAGAGGUUAAGAUUUAAAGAAUUUUACACCUCGAAACUAUCUAUAUAUAUUUUAAAUUUAAGCACUUUCAAAACGACAUCCUUUAAGAUUUUCGUGCCUGGCUUGAUUGAUUGUAAAAAAACCUAUUAUAGUUUAAGACGGAAAUAUAUGAGUGCAGUUUCAUAUUAUAGUUUUCGUAGAACUUUUAAAUCAGUCGGCAGUUUUACUCGAUAAUUAUAUAAAUGACUACAGAUAUAGUGAUCAUUAUGGAUCAAAUUUCAUAUUUGUAUUUAAAAUGAUAUUUCUCAGUAUUUACACGGCAUAUUUACUCGUAACAUAUUUUAUAAUUACGAUAAAAAAAAUAUUAUGAAACAUUGAUAAAUGAUUUUUUGUCAGAUCUGUAAAACAUUUUUAAUAAAAUAUGUGUUUAUAUAAGAUAUAUAGCAUACUUUUUGAGGUGUGAAACACUUUCGACAAAUAACACUACGGUAAAAAAAAUAAACGAAAGUUUAAAACAUGGUCCCAGAAAUACAUGUGGGGUAUAUCUAUCAUUAUUAUUACAUUUGUAAAUAAUAUCUUGUAGUAAAUGUUUUAGAACCAAUUGACCGUUAUUAAUAUUUAAUAAAAUUGAAAAAUA